AUGCGUCUUUCUACUGCUUCUAUUCUGGCGCUGCCUCUCCUGGCCGCUGCCGCGCAACAGGAAACCCCUCUGGACCAGGCCAAAGCUCAGGCCCAAUACUGGUUCGACAAGAUCUCCUCCUAUAUCCCCAACCCAAACAAAGCCCAUGCGCCGGAUCUGGGAGCUACUAAGGCGCCCGGCAAACCUCUUCACGUCUUGACCCUUGACAGCUGGGUGCAAACCAUCCGAGGAAGCGUCAACCCAGCCAGCACUACACCAGAGGAGUGGUGGAUUAUGGUGACGGGAGGAAACAAGACAUGUUUCGGCCACUGCCUCGCCGCAGAGACUGCGUGGAAUCAGACUGCCGCGCUGUGGUCUACGGAUCCAACUUCUCCUAACACGGGAUACUUGAACUGCGAUGACCAACCAGUUCUCUGUAACUCAUGGGGCGCAGGGCCUCCAGCCUUAUGGAUUAUGGAGGUCUCCGCGCCACCAGCGAACGUUGAUAUUCGUGUCAAGGGAUUGAAUGCUACAGAGACCACGGUCAAGACCUUCACUGAUCUCCGUUCCUCCAAGGAGUGGAAGACAAAGCCUAAGUAUAUCAGCGCCUUCCAUCCAUUCGAUGGCCCUCUCGCGGUGUACGGGCUUGCCGUUCCUCUUGGCUAUGUGUUGUGGGUUUUCGCUACCGUCCCUAGCUGGGCGUUCAUGAUUGGCAUUUCGUUCAUCAGCAGAACCAUUAUGAGCAAGAGGACUCUUCCCCCUCAAAGACCUGCUGGAGCCGCACCAGGUGGGGCCGCAGCUCCUCCCGCUCGCGUAGGUGCACCACGGGGCGAUGGAAUAUCGUACUGA